AGAUGAAAGUGUUGUGCACACUUGAAAUUCAUCCAAACCCAAACCCAACAUUCUCUCUCUCUCUCUCUCUCUCUAACCUCUCUCUCUUCAAUGGCUUCUCUUCCCACUUUCUCUCCACACUCUCUCCUCCCCAAACCCAACACCACAACACUCUUUCCCCAUUCAACCUCACCAUCCCACACUCUCUCUCUAACCUCUCUCUUUAGAACCAAACUCACUCUCCAACGACCCAUUUCUUCAACGGGUUCUAUCUCCAUCACUAACUUCCGUGCCACUUCAGAAACGGUGCCUUUUAAUCUCCCCACUGAUUCGAAUCCACAAUCUGGUGAAACCAAGAAAACUCCAACUCCGUCAAAGUGGUCGGCGAGGGCUAUAAAGGCAUAUGCAAUGUCGGAGUUGGAAACGAGGAAACUUAAGUAUCCUAAAUUAGGAACUGAAGCUCUUCUCAUGGGGAUUUUAAUUGAAGGAACAAGUAAAGCUGCAAAAUUCUUAAGAGCUAAUGGAAUUACUUAUCUGAAAGUACGCGAACAAACAUUAGAGAUACUUGGGAAAUCUUACUGGUCCUACUCCAGCCCUGUGGUACUGUCUUUGACUGAACCACUUCAUAAAGCCCUCGAUUGGGCACUUAAUGAGACAUCAAAGUCAGGUGAGGGGGAAACAAACGUGACUCAUUUACUUCUUGGAAUUUGGUCACAAGAAGAAUCAGCAGGUCGAAAGGUCUUGUCUGCUUUAGGUUUCAACGAUCAAAAAGCCAAAGAAAUUGCUGAAACAGCAGCUAGUGGAGAUAUUGAUUGGAAUUUCAAGAAGCAAGCAUAAGAAUUUUCUGGGGAUAAAGCGAUACAAGUUCCUCUAGAGAAAAUUGACUAUACUUUCCCUCAAGUUUAUCAACCAGUGGAUACAUUAAUGUCCUUUAGAUUUCCAUGUCAAAUACUGUUGUACUAUACUGAUUAGUGAUUAUACAUUUCUCAUUCUUUUUUAUACAAGUUUUUUGGAAGUCGAAUUUUUUCGCAGUAGUGUGAUUGUGGAAUUGCAGUAUUAUUCUGCCUUCUGUUUUUCCCUUGUAA